UAUUGGCUUGGCGGUAGCGGUCCCGCGGUAGUAAGCAGCAAUGGACCUCGCAGCAGCAGCAGAGCCGGUAGCCGGUAGUCAGCAUUUAGAAGUCCGCGACGAGGUGGCCGAGAAGUGCCAGAAACUGUUCCUGGACUUCUUGGAGGAAUUCCAGAGCAGCGAUGGAGAAAUUAAGUACUUGCAGUUGGCAGAAGAGCUAAUUCGUCCUGAGAGAAAUACAUUGGUUGUGAGUUUUAUGGACCUGGAACAAUUUAACCAACAACUUUCCACCACCAUUCAAGAAGAGUUCUAUAGAGUCUACCCUUACUUGUGUCGGGCCUUGAAAACCUUUGUCAAAGACCGAAAAGAGAUCCCUCUUGCCAAGGAUUUUUAUGUUGCCUUCCAGGACCUUCCUACUAGACACAAAGUCUACCCUUACUUGUGUCGGGCCUUGAAAACCUUUGUCAAAGACCGAAAAGAGAUCCCUCUUGCCAAGGAUUUUUAUGUUCGUAUUCAGGAGACUCAAGCUGAGCUUCCCCGAGGAAGUAUACCCCGCAGUUUAGAAGUAAUCUUGAGGGCUGAAGCUGUGGAGUCAGCUCAAGCUGGUGACAAAUGUGACUUUACGGGGACACUGAUUGUCGUGCCUGAUGUCUCCAAGCUUAGCACACCAGGAGCACGUGCAGAAACGAAUUCCCGUGUCAGUGGUGUUGAUGGAUAUGAGACAGAAGGCAUUCGAGGGCUCCGGGCCCUUGGUGUUAGGGACCUGUCUUAUAGGCUGGUCUUUCUUGCCUGUUUUGUUGCACCAACUAACCCAAGGUUUGGAGGGAAAGAGCUCAGAGAUGAGGAACAGACAGCUGAGAGUAUUAAGAACCAAAUGACUGUGAAAGAGUGGGAGAAAGUGUUUGAAAUGAGUCAAGAUAAAAAUCUAUAUCACAAUCUUUGUACCAGCUUGUUUCCUACUAUACAUGGCAAUGAUGAAGUAAAACGUGGUGUCCUGCUGAUGCUUUUUGGUGGUGUUCCAAAGACAACAGGAGAAGGGACCUCUCUUCGAGGGGACAUAAAUGUCUGCAUUGUUGGUGAUCCAAGCACAGCCAAGAGCCAAUUUCUGAAGCAUGUAGAGGAGUUCAGCCCCAGAGCUGUCUACACCAGUGGCAAAGCAUCCAGUGCUGCUGGCUUAACAGCAGCUGUUGUGAGAGAUGAAGAAUCUCAUGAGUUUGUCAUUGAGGCUGGAGCGUUGAUGCUGGCUGAUAAUGCUACUCUAAACGCCAGGACAUCCAUUUUGGCAGCUGCAAACCCAAUCAGUGGACACUAUGACAGGUCAAAGUCAUUGAAACAGAAUAUAAAUCUGUCAGCUCCAAUUAUGUCCCGAUUUGAUCUCUUCUUUAUCCUGGUGGACGAAUGUAAUGAGAUUGUUGGUGACAUCAUUGCUGUUUUAAAACAGAUUUCCAAAGAAUCAGAGGACUUCAUUGUGGAACAGUAUAAACGUCUCCGCCAAAGGGAUGGUUCUGGAGUAACCAAGUCUUCAUGGAGGAUUACAGUGCGUCAGCUGGAGAGCAUGAUCCGUCUCUCUGAAGCUAUGGCUCGGAUGCACUGCUGUGAUGAGGUUCAACCUAAACAUGUGAAGGAAGCUUUUCGAUUACUGAAUAAAUCAAUCAUUCGUGUAGAGACACCUGAUGUCAAUCUAGAUCAAGAGGAAGAGAUCCAGAUGGAGGUAGAUGAGGGUCCAGGUGGCAUCAAUGAGGAGGAUGAGUCAGCAUUAAAGAGGAGCGAGCUUGUUAACUGGUACUUGAAGGAAAUCGAAUCAGAAAUAGACUCUGAAGAGGAGCUUAUAAAUAAAAAGAGGAUCAUAGAGAAAGUCAUUCAUCGACUCACGCACUAUGACCAUGUUCUAAUUGAGCUCACCCAAGCUGGAUUGAAAGGCUCCACAGAAGGAAGUGAGAGCUAUGAAGAAGAUCCCUACUUGGUAGUUAACCCUAACUACUUGCUUGAAGAUUGAGAUGUUGAAAGUAACUGACCAGAGCUAAGUCACUGUGCCACACCACCUCCUGACCUGGAGCCUGGAUGGAGCUCUGCUAGGAUGAGAAUUGUUUCUGGGAAUGAUGCUUCAGAAUUUGUUUUGAGAAAUAGGAACUGAGGUGAUGGUCCUGUGUAUCACAUCUAUUACAUGCUUUCUAUCAACAUGGGCUUCAGCUUAUUCCUUGUGUAUUUCUUGUCUUAAUAAAAGUUGGGACCCCCAAUAACGUGCGGUUUCUGGAACUGAGACCUUCGUUUUCAUGUGAGGAGGAGACCUGUCACUUUCAUGGUAUAUAGUUUAUCCUAUCUAUCAAGGAAAUCACUUUUCCAGUUGCCAA